UGCUCAACCACUCAAUGGCGCACAUAACAACCAUCCUGGGGGUGGUGAUGGCGGCCACACAGCGGUUGCCGUGCUGACGUCGCCGCUCCUCGCUGGAGCAGAAGUUUCUCCGGAGGAGGCGCAAGGAAUGCCUGACUGCGACAUCACCUGUGGCAACAUGAGCGUGCCGUACCCGUUCGGCAUGGGCCCCGCCAGGUGCUACUGGCCCGGGUUCAACCUCACCUGUGACGGCACAAGCAACCCGCCGCGGUUGCUGCUUGGCGACGGCACGCUCCAAGUCCAAGACCUCUCCAUUAGUAAUCGGUCGACAUUUUUGUAUGUCACACGCACGGGCGACGUAGAAGUCGACGGCAAUGGUGAAGGCAUGCUCGGAGGCGGUCUUAUGACCAAUGGGCCCUUCAUGAUUUCAUCCAACCAGCUCAUCCUUGUGGGCUGCAACGUCCAGGCAACGCUCAGGAACGGCAAUGUGACCAUGAGCAGUUGUUCUUCUGUUUGCAAAAACGGUGACGGACUCUCCCAGGCGCGAUCCACACUCGAAGAUGGCAUGCAAUGCUCUGGCAGUGGCUGCUGCCAGUCGGACAUUGUCUUCGACCCCACGGAGGUCGCAGGAUGGCUUGCCAACAGCAUGUCCUACAACGUGCAGCUCAACUGGUUCGGCUGGAACCGCAGCACGGACCAGCAGUGGCGGGUGCAUGUCUUUGUCACUGGUUAUUAUUGGUUCAGCCGUACAACGGUUUUCCGCGAGCUUUUACGAACAGACGCCCCCUCGUCAGCAGAUGCAAUGCAAGUUCCUUUGCUGUUGGAUUGGGAGGUCAUUGGCCAUGACGCAAAAUGCUCCGACGUCUGCAAGAGCAAGCACAGCGAGUGCACAAAGGGCAAGAGAGGCUACACAUGCUAUUGCAAAGAGGGCUACAAAGGGAAUCCCUACAUCGCCGAUGGAUGCAAAGAUAUCGACGAGUGCAGCGAUGAAUGGUACGCUAAGUGUUAUGGUGAUUGUACCAAUUUGGAUGGAUCACAUGAUUGCCGGUGUCCACCAGGAACCCAUGGCGACCCCGGCCUUCCCGGUGGCUGCCUCAACUCCAUCUCAGAUAACUGCAGCACGUCCUGCGGGGAUGUAGACGUGCCGUACCCCUUCGGCAUUGGCUCUGCCGAUUGCUACUGGCCAGGGUUCAACCUCAUCUGUAAUACAAGCCAACAACCAGCAAAGCCACUCCUCGUCCUCCGUUACCUCGUCGACGGCUUGGAUGACUCCUUCCACGUCACGGAGAUCUCCCUCCGGAACAGCACGGUGCACAUCCUCCGCACCAACGCCAUCAUGCCUAUCGACCCCAGCUCCUCAAGUGGUUUUUUUAUGUUUGGCAACUACUCGGAGGCGCCCUACUCACUAUCGACCGGCAACGAGUUCAUUCUAUCAGGCUGCAACCUUCAGGCAACGCUGAAAUGGGAUGGCACCGAGGAUUUCAUCAGCGGUUGUGCCUCCUUCUGCCCCUUCAAUGUCAGUGACACCUAUAUCGAAACGACACUGCAGCGUAGAGGCAGAAACUGCUACGGCAUGGGCUGCUGCCAGGCGCACAUCUCCAUGUCCUCCAAAGGCUUGCCCACGGUGUGGAACUAUCAAAAGAUCAACGAGAACAGUGACCAGGACACGACAUCACAGCCCCCAUACAUGCUAAUCGCAGAGGAGGGAUGGUUCGAUCAGCGACGGUUGUCCAGGGAGAUGGCGGGGCGGGAUGAAUCUGAAAUAGCCAAGGUGCAGGUUCCCCAAGUUCUGCAGUGGGAGGUCAUGCAGGGCUUACCGCGACCAGCUGAGAUCAAGGGGAAUAAGGGCUGUCCAGCAGAGGUAGCCAUCAAGCUCUGCAAGAGUAAGAACAGCUACUGCAAACGAGGGAGCAGAGGCUAUUUAUGCCAGUGCAUGGAUGGCUCCAACAAGCUGGGCAGCAACCCCUACCUCGCCGACGGAUGCAAAGGUAUAUACCUCGGCAUAGGAGUUGCUGUUGGCACAGGCAUCAUACUAUUUGUUCUCGCUGGAUCCUUCACACAUAAGAAAUUCCAACAUCGAAGAGCACAGAUGUUGAAACAGAAAAAGAAUGAUAGGCUACGGAUAGCAACUGAGACUGCCAGAUCUUUAGCUCAUCUUCACUCAACAGAUUCAGUGCCCAUCAUCCACAGAGAUAUCAAGUCUGUUAACAUACUUUUGGAUGAUACUCUAACAGCAAAAGUCGCAGACUUUGGAGCUUCAAGAUAUGUUCCAGUGGAUAGAUCAGGGAUCACAACAAGAGUGCAAGGUACAAGAGGAUAUUUGGACCCCAUGUAUUUCUAUACCGGGCGUCUCACGGAAAAAAGUGAUGUGUACAGCUUUGGUGUCCUGCUUCUGGAGUUGUUGACUAGAAAGAAACCAUUUUCGUACAUUUCUUCCGAAGAUGAAGGCCUUGUCACACAUUUUUCUACCUUAUUCACACAAGGCAAUUUGUCAGAGAUACUAGAUCCGCAAGUUAUGGAAGAGGGAGGCAGAGAAAUGGUAGAAGUCGCAGCACUUGCCGUAAUAUGUGUAACAUUAAGAGGAGAGGAUCGUCCGUCCAUGAAGCAAGUGGAGAUCAAACUCGAAGGCACUCAAGCAUCCAGGGGACAUGAGGGCGGUAAUGCAAGAAAUUGUCCCCCGAGUGCUGAUGGAAGUAGGAGCGAGGUAUUGUCCAGGCAGUAUAGUAUGGAAGAGGAGUUCGCUUCAUCUUCAAGGUACCCUCGGUAGUUCUGCUUAAGCCCGAGCUCAUCAGGAGAUUAGUUUUAAACAUCACGUUUUCAGAGAUUCUCCUUUGAUUUUAUUUCCAUGGAAGCUCCUUUUUGUUAUCCUUUGUUUAAAAUAAACUUGGUGUUAAACUCUCUGUAAUUUUAUAAACUUGCUGUAACCACAUGCUUAGCUAGGCGGCGGCUAUCAUUAGGGAAUCAAAAGAAUGUAAUGAGCUCGCUUUGUUCAGAUCGAUUGUUCUUUAUUUGUGUUUUUCCUGGAGCUUAGUUAU